CUAUGCAUUUGAUGAUAAUGGCAAGCGUGCGUGAUUAGAAAAAGGCGCUAUCAAUUACUCAAAAUCAAAUCACUCAGCUACCGAUCAUCAUCAUUGGUUGGUCAUUCCAUGUCGAGAAAAACUGGCCCUUUUUUCAAUCAUAUGCUCAUACACUCACUGUUGAAAUUAUCUCCUGAUUUUUUCUCGCUUUCUCUAUCACCAUUUCGAUGUCCUCAUCUCGUUUUAGACUGCAACAUCUUGUAGCUCGCUUAGUUUCAUCCACCAAUAGUUGUAAUCAAGCUUUGCUUUCAUCUUCGAUUUGUACAUCAAACUUGUCGUGUUCAUUUUCGUACUCAUCAUCAUCAACUCCAAUAGUUUUAUAUUCAAACAAUUUUUCGCGUAAACCGUUUCAUAGCUCUUCAACAAUGUCAACCACCGUAACUAAGGGAAAAGGAAUUUUAUGGCAAACAUUAGAUGAAGGUGAUCCCGAAUUGUAUGAUAUUGUCAAAAAAGAAAAGGAUCGUCAAAAACGUGGUCUGGAGAUGAUUGCUUCGGAAAAUAUUACAAGCGUUGGCGUCCUGCAUGCAUUGAGUACAUGUCUACAUAAUAAAUAUGCUGAAGGCUAUCCUGGUGCAAGAUAUUAUGGUGGUAAUGAACAUAUUGAUGAAAUUGAAUUGUUAGCCCAGAAACGUGCGCUCGAAGCUUACAAUUGUAACCCUGAAGAAUGGGGUGUCAAUGUACAGCCAUAUUCGGGUUCACCGGCAAAUUUAGCUGCUUUAACUGCAUUAGCCGGACAUGGAGGUCGUCUUAUGGGCUUGGAUUUGCCUGAUGGUGGUCAUCUUACCCAUGGAUUUCAAACGGAUAAGAAGAAAAUAUCCUGUACAUCAUUAUUUUUUGAAUCGAUGCCAUAUCGAAUUAGUCCUGUCACUGGUUUGAUUGAUUAUGAUCAAUUGGAAAUUACCGCUAAAUUAUUCCGUCCAAAAUUAAUUAUUGCUGGAAUCAGUUGUUAUCCAAGACAUUUGGAUUAUGAACGUUUCCGUAAGAUAGCCAAUUCAGUAGAUGCUUAUUUGAUGGCCGACAUGGCCCAUGUUAGUGGUCUAGUUGCAACUGGAUUCGCUCCAUCUCCAUUCCUAUAUGCCGAUGUUGUUACGACAACCACUCAUAAAACACUUCGAGGGCCUCGUGCAGCAGUAAUUUUUUAUCGUAAAGGUGUUCGUUCUGUUACGAAAAAAGGAGAAAAGAUCAUGUAUGAUUUGGAAGACCGUGUCAAUCAAACAGUUUUCCCUGGGUUACAAGGUGGCCCACAUCAGAAUGCUAUUGCAGGCAUUGCAACUGCCAUGAAACAAGCCAUGACACCAGAAUUCAAAGAAUAUCAACAACAGGUUGUGAAAAAUGCUGCAAAAUUAGCAGAACAAUUGAUUGCUAAAGGAUAUACAAUUACUACCGGUGGUACCGAUAAUCAUUUGGUCUGUGUCGAUCUCCGUCCACUUGGCGUCAAUGGUGCACGUGCUGAAAAAGUUUUAGAAGACAUUGAAAUUGCUUGCAACAAAAAUACUGUUCCCGGUGAUAAAUCUGCCUUAAAUCCAGGAGGAAUUCGUUUAGGAACUCCUGCAUUGACUACAAGAGGAUUAAACGAGGAAGAUAUGAUCAAAGUAGUCGAGUUCAUCGAUCGAGGCGUAAAACUUGCCAAAAAAAUUACGAAAGCAGCGCCUGGAAAAUUGUUGAAAGAUUUCAUGGCAACAUUGAAAACAGAAGAAUUCCAGCAACAAAUAGCUGAAUUGAGAGCUGAAGUCGAACAGUUUGCCCGAUCAUUUCCAUUGCCCGGUUAUGAUGAAUAUUAAUCACAAGUGAUAAUUAUUUCACAAAAUAAUACUUUUUAUCAAUGUUUUUUUUAAAAAAAAGAAUUUUCAAUAUAUAAAUCAAUGUUUUUAUUCA